GCUACGCUGCCGCGCGUGGAACCGCCGUGGAAAAAGUUUGCAGGAGGCAGCUUCCUCCGAGUCGAACUUCUGCCUUGACAGAUCUCUGGAGAGGAGGAGGGGGAGCAGCUCGCCCUGGUCCUGCGCGAGGGAGGCUGGCUAGGCUUCUCUGAAAGGGAAUCCCCGUUUUCAAGCGUGCUUGGUCAUUAAAAGGCUGGACGACUUUCAAAGCAUCCUCAUUAAUCCUUUUCUAAGGUCAGGCACUGGCACAAAGAACAACUGAAAGAAGAUAAUUGCAGAAUUUGGGGUGCGGCAAAAAUGACUUCCUGUUGUAUCCUUCCAGCAUUUGCUUUGAUGAUUGGGUGUUUAGCAUUUGCAGGUCCUGUGUUUAGAAGUGGAUGUGUCUUGUCUCAGGUCAAUAGCUCACACCCAGUUCAAGCCUUGCUAGAAAGUUUUACUGUUUUAUCUGGCUGUGCAAGCAAAGGGACUGCUGGAUUGCCACAAGAAGUUCACGUCCUCAAUCUUAGGAGUCCAGAAGAAGACUCUGGCCACCAUGAAAGAGAGGUUGUCUUGCAUUUGAAUCCAAUUUCUUCCAUCCAUAUUCACCAGAAACCACUAGUGUUCCUACUGAACUCUCCUGUGCCUCUAAUGUGGAAGGUGAAAACAGAAAGACUAGCUAUGGGGAUUGAGAGACUUUUCAUUGUUUCAGCAGGUUCUAUUGUGCAAUUUGAGAAGGAAAACUUCUCCUUGUCAGCCAAGAGGGAAGAAAGGCCCCUCCCUCAAGGAAAUAAGCAUCUGUUACAGUGGGCCCAAAAGGAAUAUGGGGCAGUAACAUCCUUCACUGAAUUUAAAAUAUCCAGGAAUGUUUACAUAAAAGUGGGUGAAGUUCAAUUUUUUCCUACAACAUGCAAUAUAGAAAAGAAUUUUAUUUCUUUGAACUACCUUGCGGGAUACCUACAACCAAAGACAGCAGAGGGAUGCGUUAUCUCUAGUGUGGCCCAAAAUAGAGAAGUUCAUAUAAUUGAACUUAUUGCACCUGAUUCAAACAGCGCUUUCCAGGUGGAUAUCAUCAUUGACAUCAGACCAUCUCGGCCAGACACCACGCUUGUCAGGGAUCUUGUACUUAUCCUCCAGUGCAGAAAGUCUGUCAACUGGGUCAUCAAAUCACAUGACGUGAAAGGGAAAUUGGAAGCCAUUACAGCAAAUGGUGUUGGCUUUGGAAAAGAGACUGAACGCUCCAUGACAAUGAGUAAAACUGUAGCAUUUGAUAUUCCCUCCUCUCAUGAGAGUUUGAUCACCUGGGCAUAUGAGCACGGCUACCACCCAGUUACUACAUAUACAAAAGCACCUCUUGCUAAUAGGUUCCACCUACAGCUCAUGGAUAGGGAAGAGAUGAAUGAUGAGGAAGACCAUUUCCUUCCACCAGAGCUGAAGGAACUGCUACAUGGCAUUAAACCCCCUCCAAUCACACGUUUCAGUGAAGACAUUCGCUUUGGUCUUCUUCAUGAGAAUAAUCAAGGCUCCUUGCCAUCAGCUGAUACCAUUGACACAAUCAUGGCUAGUCAUGGUUUUGAACAGCUUCUUCCAAAAGACCCAGAGCCAGAAGAAGUGCAGGGAAGUGUUGAUGUUGCCAUGUCUGUGAAAUGUAAUGACACAUCCAUGAUUGUAGCUGUGGCAAAAGACUCGCUGGAGGCUAGCGGUUUCAUUGGGACGCAGCUCUCUCUGCUGGAUCCUAAUUGCAGAGCUAAGACAAACAGGACCCAUUUUAUUCUAGAGUCAUCUUUGCACGAUUGCGGGACUCGACAGAUUGCCUAUCCUUUGGAUAACACUGUGUAUCUCAACUCUAUUGUUAUCCAGCUGUCACCAUCAACCGAAGCCAGUGGUUGGGUGGUUGAUUAUGAAGACAUGGAAUCAGGGGAUAAUGGUUUCCCUGGGGACACAGAUGAAUCUGACAUCACUUUUUCCAGUCAGCCUGUAAUAGUUGUGUUCAAUUGCACAUUCCAUCAACCGAAAGCCCCAAAGGUUCCCAUAUUCUGGCCACCUGACAUACGUGUUGGCAAUGCCACCUUUGGAAUGGAACUGUAUGAGACGGACCUUUUUCGUACCCCAAUUCAAGGAUUCUUCUCUGUUGCAGAGAACAGCCAGGUUUUUGUUGAGAUUUCUCUGACAAAGGCUGAGAGAUCCCUGGGCUUUGCAAUCCAAACUUGCUUUAUUUCACCAAAUUCCUAUCCUGAUCGAAUGUCAGAGUAUACCAUUAUCGAAAAUGUUUGUCCCAAAGAUGAGUCUGUAAAAUUCUACAACGUUCCAAAACCUAAUUUUCCCAUGCUAAAUGCACAGACAGAUAAAAAGCGUUUUAGCUUCAUAUUCAAAUCCACAUUCAACAGCUCUCUUCUCUUUCUGCACUGUGAGGUGACCUUAUGCACAAAGAAAGAAAAAGAUGCUCAAGGAUUGGCUAAGUGUGUCCUUCCAGAUGAAGCUUGCACCUUUCUCAAUGUUGAUAUGAUCCUUGCAAUGAUGCAGAAUAAGAAAACCUUCACCAAACCUCUUGCUGUGAUAACUAAAGGGAAGCCAGAAGAUAAAUCCUCCCACUUGAAACCUUCCGAAGGGUUACCAUCUGUUGUCUACGGCCUGGAUACGUUGACAGUUGUGGGAAUUGCCUUUGCAGCUUUUGUAAUAGGUGCACUGCUGACAGGAGCUUUAUGGUUUAUCUAUUCCCACACAGGAGAACCAGCAGGAAGACAGCAGGUUCCCACAUCGCCACCACCCUCCGAAAACAGCAGUGCAGGCCACAGUAUUGGCAGCACACAAAGCACCCCCUGUUCCAGCAGCAGCACGGCCUAACGCAGGAUGGAAAUGCAUGCAGCAACGUAGGAGACCAGAGGUUCAGAAACAGCUGUUUGUUGCCCUUUGCUUCCAUUGGUUUGGAUUCUUUGGCAAAAUGAGGAGGAAUUUCCUUCUUUUUUGCUUUGCCUGGGUAAAUGUGGUCUUCGAAUCUCUUGCAGCAUGCUAAGGCUACACAUGACAGAGCUACUCUUUUUGUACAGCUGUGGACUGGGUACAAAGGUCCACACGCUCUCAAUGUGAAACACAUGACUGUUUUCCCCCCCCCGUAAAUGCUUCUUUGUCUCCACAGAAUCCCAGGGCUGGGUUCUGCAAACAUCCCGGAGACGGACGGUGUCGGGAAAGAGAUUUCAGUCUCAUAAGCUGGGGAAUGGGUUUUGUUUCUCCUAACCUCCCUCACUCCCCCACCCCACUGGGCACAAAAGCUAGGUGGUUUCAAAUGGAAAAUUUGAAACUGAUUUCUUCAAAUACACAUCACAGGUCACCAUAGCUAUGUCACUGAUUGGCUGUGUGAUGGUUGAGCUUGACUUCGGAAAGCCUUUUGCCUCUUGUUGUACAGUUCUCCAUUUAAGCCAUGUGUAUCAACUGAAGCCUUUGAAACUAAAGCAGCAUACAGGGGGCUAAAAAUACAUGCUGGUUAGAUAUUUCUAAUUACUCAUCCUUCCUUCCUUACAUAUCCAAAAGCCUGCAUAUAUUCAUAGGGUUGCUUUCAGGGUUGUUCCAUUUCUUUUCCCCUUUCUGAGAAUUACAGAUAGUCCCCAGUUUAAGAAUGAGUUCCAUUCAACUGU